AUGUUGGUGAAAGGCGGGAAAAAUCUCAUCCGUCGUCAAACUGUCAAACACUGGACCCACGAGCUUUUAAAGUGCGGAACUUAUCAGGGCAGACGAGUGGGAGAUAAGGAUAUGCAUGAGAGGUCUAUGGAAACGCAGAAGGCCCAUGCCAUGGCUCGGAAAGAGGCCCUCGCCGCAGUGGUCUUCUCCUGCUUCUGUGUGGCCACCGUCAUCCUCGGGGGCGUGGUGAAUUCGGGGAGGCUCGGGGACGCCGGCCAUCUCGGCCUCGCCAUGAUCGUCGGCGGAAUCCUCUCGCUCGCAUGCGUCUGCAUGCGACUCGUCUGGAUCAGCUGGAAGGGGGAAGAAACGGUGCGGAAAUUUUCCUUGCUCGUUUUCGAAGUCGCAGGCGCGGUUAGGAAAGGAAGGAAACACGACGACGACUUCAACCACCGCAGGCGGACUGACCAUGUCCUCUCGACUUCCCGGACCCACGCGCGAAGCCCAACAGUCGCCCCCCCGCCCGUCCCAAUCCCAUCGCUCACCGCGGCCAUCUGGACGGACUCGACUCGACGCUUCGCGCGAAGUCCUCAUCUCUCCGUCGCUGCUGCCAUCAGACAUCCCACAGCGGCGAGCGGAGGUCCCUCCCAGUCGCCCAGCGGCAUCGAGGCCGCGACUCGACCUCCCGCCGUCCUACGAAGAGGCCGUCCACGCCUCCACAAAAAGCGAGACUCAGCCGCGUUCUCCUCGCGGUGACGGAAAAUCCCAUUGCCCGUGCAGCUCCUCCCGUUCAAGUUCCGGCCUUCCAUUGGAAUCGGGGGAACCGAGAGCCACCCAAUCGCACGAAAGUGCAAUUGCAAGUUGAAGAAAAAUAUUAAAAAAAUUCCGGGAAAUUCAUUCGGGCCAGGAUUAUCUCAAUCCAGCAG